ACAUUUUCUAUUGUUAUGAAAAACACAUACUGAAACUUUUUAGUCCCUGUGUAAUAAGUUUUAAAGUAUAUAAUUAAUUAUGAAAAAAGAAAUUGUUUUCUACUAUGAUAUUAUUUGUCCGUAUGCAUACCUUGCCUCCAAGUUAAUUGAAAAUGUUGCGAAAAGAACUAAUGCAACUUUAGUAUGGAAACCUGCUUUACUUGGAGCUAUCUACAAACAUACAAAACCUGAUAACAUUGACAUACCUGAAAAUAAAUUGAUCAAAACAUAUUCAAGCCAAAAAUUAAAAGUAAUGAGAAGAGAUUUGGCUAUGCAAUUUUCUCGUCACAGUGUUCCAAUAAGUACAAAUCAAGUACCAGAUGUUAAAACAUUAAAUGCAUUGCGGUUGAUUGCUUUCACACCUGAUGAGUCUAUGGAUCUGAGAUCAAGACUUUCACAUAAUUUAUUUGAUGCAAUUUGGCAGCAUAAAAAAAGAUGUAAGUGAUUUGAAUAUCUUACAAAAUAUUGCUGAUUCAUUUAAUCUUCUAAUCAAAGUUACUGACUUUGAUGAUAAAACCCAUCCUGCUCGACAGAAAUUAUUAGAUAACACAGAGGAAGCCAUAAGUCGCGGUGUUUUUGGUGUACCAAGUAUGUGGGUCAACAACCGACUAUUUUUUGGAGGUGAUAGGCUUUUUCUUGUUGAAAGAGAGUUUGGUUUGAAAUCUGAACCUCAUAGAGUUUUAUACAAACCAGUUUGUGAUGUUACGAAAAAAGCCAAAAUUACAUUUUAUCUUGAUUUUGGAAGUCCUUGGACAUUCCUUGGUUUCAAACAGUUGAAUUCACUCAUAUCAUCUGUUGCUCCUGUUCAAGUAGAUAUUGAGUAUGUACCAGUGCUUAUUGGUGUUAUCUUUAACAGCAUCAGAACACCUAUGCUUCCCAUGCUAGUAUCAGAGAGUAAAAGAAAUUACUUUCCAAAAGAUUUUAAUGAUUGGUUAAACUAUCAUGAAAUCAAAGGUUUCCGAUUUUUAUCUCAUUUUCCGUUGAAAACAUUAACUGCAUGUAGAUUAGCUAUUGCACACAACAAACCUGAUUUAAUCAAUUCCAUUUUUGAUGCUGUUUGGUUAAAUGAUAAGGACAUUAGUAAUGAUGAGGUACUUCGCGAGAUUUUGUCAUCAAAUGGGUUUAAUUCUGAUCAAUUAAUGAGAGAAACAAAUACUGAAGAAGUCAAGUUGCAACUUAAAAAAAAUACACAGAGGUAAAAAAGU